AUGUGUCUCCUCCCCCCCAUCACCUCACCUAAACGCACCACCAAGAAAGCCUCCCCCAAAGUCUCCCCUUCGCAACCCGAAUCGACCCCACAAUCCGAACCUCCUACGCCCACAGCGCGCAUAACCAACAGCAACACGACCAGCACCCACUCCCACACUCUCUCCGUCCCAAUCUCCCACCUCCCUCCCUACCUAACCUCCAAGUCUCCCUCCAAGGCUCCCUCCCUAGUCCUCUCCUCCCCGGCCCCUAUUUCCAACUCUCCCUUCCCCAUCAUCAACCCAACUUUCACACACCAGUACCAGCAUCCACACCCAUGGCCACCCACCACCACCCUCCUCACACCCUGGACUACUCCCCCAACCACCCACGAUAUCCCUUCUCUCGAGCUCGACCUCAUCCCCCUCCACACCACCACGCGGCUAGCGCCCGCUCCCCCUCCCCCACCGAAAGAGCCCAGCGCCGCCGAGCAGCGCGUGCUCGCCGAGAUUGAGAAGCUCGGGGGCAUGCUGCGGAAGCGGGAGCGCGAGGAGGAGAUCGCUGCACUAGUUGCGAAGGCUAGGGAGGAGGGGCGUGCUUCUGCGCAGGCGGGGAACGGGGAGGGCGCGAAUGCGAAUGCGAAUGCGAAUGGGAAUGGGAAUGGGAAUGGGAAUGCGAAUUCGAAAGGGGAGGAGGCCAUGACGUUCCAUUUCCACGCUCAUCGGCAGAGUCUUGCGCCUCCGAGCAGGUCGUGGGUUCAUGAGAUACCGUUUGGGUUGGUUGACGGGGGGUACGAGCGGAGGAGGAGCAGUGUGAGUGAGGCAGCCAUGGGAUAUGCGAGGAAGGUUAUUGAGAGAAUGAGGGGUGUUGAGGCUAGGACUAGUACGUUGGAGAGGCAGAGGGAUUUGGAGAGGGAGGUUGAACGUGGCGUGCAGCGGGAGAUGGAGAGGGUGAGGGAUAGGGUGAGGGACAGAGAGGGAGAAAUGCACAGGGAGAGGGACAGGGAGAGGGAGAGGGAAAGGGAGAGGGAGAAAGAAAGGGAGAGAGACAGGGAUAGAUAUUGGGCAGGAAGAUGGAGUAGGAGGUAUUCAUGA